AUGACGAAGGUUCAGGACUUCCUCUGGAUCAGUUCAAGGAUCAAGCAGAUGAAAAUCCACGUUUCAGACCGCGAUGAACGUGAUCUGUUAUAUCCGUUUGGAGAUAGUCUCCUACUGCCUUUCCACCGACACGGUUCACCACCACAUUCCUCUAUAGAGCCUGAUCGAGCAGCUCUCAAAGGCGAACGCGGUGAGCCCGGCCCACCAGGAGUGUGCCUCCAACAAUGUCGCGAUGGUAGACCAGGACCAAGUGGCCCUGUCGGACCACAAGGACCCCAAGGAGUUGAAGGACCACCUGGCCCUCCUGGACCACCCGGAGAACCUGGAUUCGUUCAACAGUCACCAUAUGGUGGCCCAGUACAGGCAGUACCCGGACCACCUGGACCUGCUGGUCCACCCGGACCCCCUGGUCCACAAGGAAUUCAAGGUCCCCGAGGCGAAACUGGCUAUCCCGGUCGCGACGGCCGCGAUUUCCAAGGCUUGUCCGAUCGCGAUAUCGAACUGAUCGUCAGGCAUCCAUUGCUGAAAGGACAAAAAGGCGAAUGUGUCCAGUCCACGACCACGGUCUUCCAACCGGUGGCAGACGACGUGCGUACCCUUUACGAAAGGGAACGUCCCAGU